ACUCUGGAUCCUGACACAGCCCAUCGGCUCAUCCUGUCUGAGGACCUGACCAGCGUGAGACACGGAGACACACGGCAGCGGCUCCCUGACUCCCCGAAGAGGUUUGAUUACUGUGUCUGUGUCCUGGGGUCUGAGGGCUUCACAUCGGGACAUUACUGGGAGGUGCAGGUGGCCAACAAGAGAGAGUGGGAUGUGGGAUUGGCCCGAGAGUCCGUCAACAGGAAAGGAGAGAUCACACUGUCACCAGAGGAUGGAUUCUGGGCUGUGUAUCUGAGAAACGGGGAUGAAUAUGAAGCUCUGACCUCACCUCCCACCCGCCUGACCCUGAGGGACAGACCCGGGAAGGUGGGAGUGUUCCUGGACUAUGAGGGGGGAGAGUGA